AUGGUGAAGCUCGCGAAAGCCGGGAAAAAUCAAAGUGAUUCCAAGAAGCUGGCUCCUCCACCCAAAGAGGUAGAAGAAGACAGUGACGAUGAGGAACUGUCAGAAGAUGAAGAAGAAAGCAGUGGAGAAGAGGUUGUCAUUCCUCAGAAAAAAGGCAAGAAGAAUACCACACUGCCAUCAAAGAAGGUGGUGGUUUCCCCCACAAAAAAGGUAGUUGCCACACCGUCCAAGAAAGCAGCUGUCACCCCUGGCAAGAAGGCAGCUGCUACACCAGCUAAGAAGACAGUUACAGCAGCCAAAGCAGCACCAACACCUGGCAAGAAGGGAGCCACCCCAGGUAAAGCAGUGGUGGUGACCUCGGGUAAGAAGGGAGCUGCUCCUCCAGCCAAGGGGGCAAAGAAUGGCAAGAAUGCCAAGAAGGAAGAGAGUGACGAAGAAGAUGAUGAAGACAGUGAAGAAGAUGAUGAGGAUGAGGAUGAAUUUGAGCCAAUCAUGACGAAAGGAGCAGCUGCCCCUCACUUUGAUGACGAGGAGGAUGAUGACGACGAUGAAGAUGAGGAUGACGAGGAGGAGGAGGAUGACGAUGAGGAGGAUGAAGAAGAUGAUUCUGAAGACGAGGCCAUGGACACUACACCAGCAAAGGGCAAGAAAGCACCUGUAAAGGUGGUUCCUGUGAAAGCCAAGAGUGUGGCUGAGGAUGACGAUGAUGAUGAUGAGGAAGAUGACGACGAUGAUGAGGAAGAGGACGACGACGAGGAAGAUGAUGAGGAAGAUGAGGAUGACGAUGAAGAGGAGGAAGAAGAAGAGGAAGAACCUGUCAAAGAAGUACCUGGAAAACGAAAGAAGGAAAUGGCCAAACAGAAAGCUGCUCCUGAAGCCAAGAAGCAGAAAGUGGAAGCCGUAGAACCAACUACAGCUUUCAAUCUAUUUGUUGGAAACCUGAAUUGUAACAAGUCUGCUCCAGAAUUAAAAACUGGUCUCAGUGACCUUUUUGCUAAAAAUGAUCUCGUUGUAAUGGAUGUCAGAAUUGGUAUGACUAGGAAAUUUGGCUAUGUGGAUUUUGAAUCUGCUGAAGACCUGGAAAAAGCCUUGGAACUCACUGGUUUAAAGGUCUUUGGUAAUGAAAUUAAACUAGAGAGACCGAAAGGAAAAGACAGUAAGAAAGACCGAGAUGCCAGAACACUUUUGGCCAAAAACUUGCCUUACAAAGUCACUCAGGAUGAAUUAAAAGAAGUGUUUGAAGAUGCCCUGGAGAUCAGAUUAGUCAGCAAAGAUGGAAAGAGUAAAGGGAUUGCUUAUCUUGAAUUCAAAACAGAAGCUGAUGCUGAGAAAACCUUUGAAGAAAAGCAAGGAACAGAGAUUGAUGGCCGUUCUAUAUCCUUGUACUACACUGGGGAGAAAGGUCAAAAUCCAGAGCACAGAGGUGGGAAGAGCAGCACGUGGAGCGGUGAAUCAAAAACACUGGUUUUAAGUAACCUCUCCUACAGUGCAACAGAAGAAACUCUCCAGGAAGUAUUUGAGAAGGCAACUGCUAUCAAGGUGCCUCAGAACCAGAAUGGCAAAUCUAGAGGGUAUGCAUUUAUAGAAUUUGCUUCAUGUGAAGAUGCUAAAGAAGCUUUAAAUUCUUGUAAUAAAAGAGAAAUUGAAGGCAGAGCCAUCAGGCUGGAAUUGCAAGGAUCCAGAGGAUCCCCUAAUGCAAGAAGCCAGCCGUCCAAAACACUGUUUGUCAAAGGUUUGUCUGAGGACACAACUGAGGAAACAUUGAAGGAGUCAUUUGAUGGGUCUGUUCGCGCC